AUGUUUGCCAAACUUCACUUAUGUUCUCACUUCCCACCCAGAAUCUGGCAAGUGAAAGUCAACGCUGCCUCUAUAAGAACAUUUUCCCAAGAAAAAUUUUCGCACCUGCGGUCCCAUGGCAAGUCUUUUGCCCAUCGGAGUGAGUUGAAGCAAGCCAAACGCAUCGUGGUGAAACUAGGGAGUGCUGUGGUGACACGGGGAGAUGAGUGCGGCCUGGCACUUGGGCGCCUGGCUUCCAUAGUUGAGCAGGUGGCCAUGCUGCAGAAUCAAGGCAGGGAGAUGAUGAUUGUAACCAGUGGAGCUGUGGCUUUUGGGAAACAGAGAUUAAGACAUGAAAUCCUGCUCUCUCAAAGUGUCAGACAAGCUUUACAUUCUAACCAGAAUCAGCUGAAAGAAAUGGCAAUUCCAGUUUUGGAGGCAAGGGCUUGUGCAGCCGCUGGACAGAGCGGUCUGAUGGCAUUGUAUGAAGCUAUGUUCACCCAAUACAGUAUCUGCACAGCACAAAUUUUAGUUACAAACUUGGACUUUCAUGAUGAGCAGAAGCGACGCAACCUUAACAGCACGCUUCUUGAACUUCUACGGAUGAACAUAGUUCCCAUUAUCAACACCAAUGAUGCUGUUGUGCCUCCCCCUGUUCCCAAUAGUGACAUACAGGGCAAAAAUGUAAUAAGCAUCAAAGAUAAUGACAGUUUAGCUGCCCGUCUGGCUGUUGAAAUGAAAGUGGACCUCCUAAUUGCCCUGUCUGAUGUUCAAGGCCUGUAUGACAGUCCUCCAGGAACAGAUGAUGCCAAACUCAUUGAUAUCUUUUAUCCUGGAGACCAGCAGACCAUCACUUAUGGAACCAAGUCCAGAGUGGGCAUUGGUGGCAUGGAGGCCAAGGUCAAAGCAGCCCUAUGGGCACUACAAGGUGGUUCGUCUGUGGUCAUUGCCAAUGGCACUGAUCCCAAAGUCACAGGACAUGUUAUCACAGAUAUUGUAGAAGGGAAAAAAGUUGGCACCUUCUUUUCAGAAGUAAAACCAGCAGGUCCCACUGUGGAGCAGCAGACAGAGAUGGCCCGUCAAGCUGGAAGAACGCUGGCUUCGCUUCAGCCAGAGCAGAGAGGAGAAAUCAUUUGCAGUCUUGCUGAAUUACUUACUGAGAAGAAGGAUGAGAUUCUCAGUGCAAACAAGAGAGACAUGGAGAUGGCAACAUCAUCAGGUCGUUUCUCCCAGGCUCUAAUCGACCGACUGAGCCUGUCAACAGCGAAACUUAACAGCCUCGCCAUCGGACUUCGCCAGCUAGCUGUGUCCUCCAGGGAUAGUGUAGGUAGGGUGCUGAGGAGAACCAGGAUUGCAAACAAUUUGGAGUUGGAGCAGAUCACUGUCCCUAUUGGUGUCUUGCUGGUUAUCUUUGAGUCACGUCCUGACUGUCUUCCACAGGUAUCUGCUUUGGCUAUUGCAAGUGGAAAUGCAUUGCUACUUAAAGGUGGCAAAGAAGCUUCCAACACCAACAGAAUUCUGCAUCAACUCACCCAAGAAGCGCUUUCUAUUCAUGGCGUCACAGAAGCUAUUCAACUGGUUAGCACACGAGAGGAGGUGGAAGAUUUAUGCAGACUGGACAAGGUCAUUGACCUGAUUAUUCCAAGAGGUUCGUCCCAAUUGGUGCGAGACAUCCAGAGAGCAGCAAAGGGUAUUCCAGUACUGGGCCACAGCGAGGGUGUCUGUCAUGUCUACAUCGACAGUGAAGCAAGCAUUGAUAAAGCUAUUGAAAUUGUCCGAGACUCUAAAUGCGACUACCCUGCAGCCUGCAAUGCAAUGGAAACCCUCCUCAUACAUAGAGACUUGUUGCGAACACCAAUAUUUGACCAGAUCAUCGAUAUGCUCAGGACAGAACAUGUUAAGAUACACGCUGGUCCCCGGUUUGCAUCUUAUUUAACAUUCAGUCCAUCUGAGGUAAAAUCCUUGCGCACAGAGUAUGGGGAUCUAGAGUGCUGCAUCGAAGUGGUGGAUAGCAUGCAAGAGGCUGUGGACCAUAUCCAUAAAUAUGGAAGCUCCCACACAGAUGUGAUUGUCACAGAAAAUGAAGAGACUGCUGAACAGUUCCUUCAGCAAGUUGAUAGUGCUUGCGUAUUCUUCAACUCAAGCUCUCGCUUCGCUGAUGGCUACCGCUUUGGUCUAGGUGCUGAGGUGGGGAUCAGCACAGCACGCAUCCAUGCCAGAGGCCCGGUGGGCUUAGAGGGGCUACUGACCACGAAAUGGGUGCUUCGAGGAGAAGGUCAUACUGUAGCCGACUUCUCUGAGCAAGGAAGUAUGAAAUACCUUCAUGAAAACAUCCCUAUUCCCCAGGGGAGCUUCAGCUAG